AUGGAGUCGGUCCUUCACAUUAGCAAAUGUCUUGAAUGCAACAAAGUGGAGUAUGCAACUUUUCUACUCCAGGAUAGGGCAUUGACCUGGUGGAAUACUCUAGCGCAAACCCGAGGCCAUGCAACGGCAUAUCAGCUAACUUGGGAAGACCUUAAGAAGCUACUGAUAGAGGAGUAUUGUCCCAAGGAUGAAAUUCAGAAGCUUGAAUCUGAGUUCUGGAACCAUUCUAUAGUUGGAACACAAAUAGAGAAGUACACAGUCCGAUUUAAUGAACUAGCAAAACCGGUACCUCACAUGGUCACUCCUGAGGAGAAACAGAUAGAUCGCUACAUCUGGGGUUUGGCACCAGAUAUCCGGGGAAUGGUUACUUCAGCAAACCCAACUACCAUUAAGAGUGCAGUGACUUUGGCAAAUCGAUUGACUAACGACAUGAUUCGGACUAAGCAUUCGGUAAAGGGAAGCUAUGGUGAAAAGAGAAAGAUAGAAAAUCAAGGAGAAAAGAAAAAUGAUGGUGGUUUAGGGAGGAAGCAAAAAACCACAAGGAAUUUCAUGAGGGGCCAUAAGAAAGACAACUGUCCGAGUUUAGAAUUAGGAGGACCAUUGGUAGCACUUUCCCCAACGAUCCUACAGAUUAUUGAUGGCCGCUUGGGCAAGGCGGAUGCGCCUGUUGUAAGGAGAUCGUUCCUUGUCAACAAUAUCUCUUCCAUGAUAUUGUUUGAUUUGGAGCUACCUGAUCUUUCGUAUCUCUUGCGCUCAACAAGAGCAAGGGUUCAUCGGGAUUGUGUUUUAGAGAUGUUCAGCGAGCAAUAUCCGAUCGAUUUGGUUCCUAUUCCUCUGUGUGGGAACAUGGUUAUUAUGGGGAUACAUUGGUUGAGCCCCAAUGGGGAGGUGAUUGAUUACGAGUGUCAGAUGGGUUGCCCAGGUUACAUUGCCUAUGUUAUGGAGAUCUGGGAAAAGGGUAAUGUGACUAUAGAUGAUGUGCCAAUUAUAAGGGAGUACCUGGAUGUGUUUCCGGAGGACUUUCCUAGAGUGCCUCCGGAGAGGAAAGUGGAUGUUAGGAUUGACUUGGUUCUUGGCACGGCUAAAAUAGCCAAAGCGUCAUCUCGGUUAGCCCCUCCAAAUAUGUAG